UGAAACAUCGGUCGGUCAAGUCAAGAGCGGUCAGGAUCAGCUGUGCACUCUAGUUUGGGUAAUUACGACAAUACAUCGCAGUAGCUGUGCAGCGCAGCAAAUUCGUGCAACGAUGAACGAGGCCGGCACCAACGCGGAUGCAGUGGCGGCCGAGAAGGAGCGCAAGUUCCGCAUCCAGGCCGGCGCCUUCCUGGGAUUAGUGGGUGGCGUAUCCGCUCUAUUUGGAUUCUCCCGGACGCUGGCCACCGCGAAGAAGGCGGACAGCAAGGUCCUCCAGCAGGCUGGAACCCGGCAAGGACUGAUCCUGAUGGACGAGGGAGCCACCCUGGCCCUGCGGGCACUGGGCUGGGGCACUCUGUACGCCGUUGUCGGCACCGGAGCCUUCUGCUACGGCUUCUGGAAGCUGUCCGGAGCCAAAGACUUCCAGGAGUUCCGUCUCAAGAUGGGCAACGCUCUGCCAAGGAUCACCAAGGACGAACCGCCUGCCAGCCGCACCGACUUCGAGAGCCUCACGGACCUCAUGAAAUACCUGGCCGCCUGGAACAAGGAAUGAGCAGCUCAUCAAACCACAACACAAACAAUCUAAAUUAAACCUUAAACCUAAGUAGACAGGAAAAUAAACCAAAAUGUUGUUAACUUA